UCCCUUUUACUUCAGUCGCUUUCUAUGUUCCUUCCUCUGAUGAAAAAAAAACAAACAAAUUCACUUAGUAGAACCCUAAAUUACACUUCUGGAUAUGAGUGAUACAAUGUGUGAGUUAGCAGCUGGAAAACAAGAAGAAAGAGUGUUGAUUUCACUUGACAUUGAAGAUGACAAGUUGUUUCUCUUACAUUUCAUCAUCGGAACUUACUUCGGACCAGAUUUAAGAAAACGUAAGCAUCCAAAGCAGCAAUCAGCUUUUCAGAUUCAAGCGUCUAAGAUUCUCGUAGCAGCAGAUGAGUUGAGUGGCUCACUUAUGAAGAGGGCUGAGGUAGAACGUGUGUAUUAUCACAUUCUCAGAAAUGUUGAUCAGUCUCUAGUGAUAAUGCCGAGAAAGAUACGUGAUUAUUUCAAUGAAAAACGCAAUGAUUCCAACGGGGAUUACCCUCUUUUCGUGGAUCUCUAUCCGGAAGAACUCCACCCUGAAACCCGUGUUCGGAAUAGGUUUAAGUUUAUCCCGAGCAUUGCCUUCAUCAAUGAUCCAGAUACUUCUUGUAUGAGAGAAGAGUGUGUUGAACGGUUUAAGCGGCUUACCGGAUUGGACAGCUUUGCUUUGAGCAUUACUGUUGAUGUAACUGAAACUAACAGCGUUGGUGAAGCUAAUGAGGUUGAGGAUAAGAUGGAUGAGAGCUUGGAACCAUUGAAAGAGGUUGAACAUGUUCUGGAAGUGCCUACUACAUGUGAUGGCAAUGAUAAGGCGGGUACCUGCACCAGUGGUGAAGAAAGUGAUGUUCCUGCGAAACCUGAGGCAAUAUCUGAAGCUCAGGGUGGACUAAUGGUGGGACUGAUGGAUAUUGGUGAAUGCGAUGACGCUUAUCUCUUCCGUGUAUCUCUUCCUGGUGUGAAAAGAGAUGAAAGAGAUUUUAGCUGUGCAGUAGAAGACAAUGGCAAGGUACUAAUCAGAGGAGUCACUACAACAGGGCAGAAGCAAGUUCAACGGUUUUCUCAGGUGUUUGAAAUGCAAACACAGAAUCUCUGCCUGCCCGGUCACUUUUCUGUCUCGUUCCGCCUCCCUGGUCCUGUCCAUCCGCAGGAGUUCUCUGGCAACUUUGGAACAGAUGGGAUUCUUGAAGGAAUUGUAAUGAAAAAGUUGCAAAAGCAAACUGUGUAAUCGUAGUAGUUACAGGAAUCCGUCUCUUUUUUGGUUUUGGUUAUGGUGUAUUGGGUAGCGUAGAGAACAGAGUAGUAAAACUCAAGCUAAGCUGAAGCAACUCAUUUGCUAAUGACUCACUUUGACAACCUUAUGUGCAAGUAUGGACUCGUAUGGUUACAAUAUCUCUGCAGCUGUGAACUUCUAAGUAAUUCAACUUUUUGUAAGUUCAGUUUUCAAUUUCA